GAGUCCAUGUUUUCUCUGGCCCUGAAAUGCCUUAUCAGCCUGUCCACCGUCAUCCUGCUGGGCUUGAUCAUUGCCUACCACACGCGGGAAGUGCAGCUCUUCGUGAUCGACAACGGCGCCGAUGACUGGCGGAUAGCAAUGACUUAUGAGCGCAUCCUUUACAUCAGCCUGGAGAUGCUGGUUUGUGCCAUACACCCCAUCCCUGGGGAGUACAAAUUUUUCUGGACAGCACGUCUGGCCUUCUCCUACACACCCUCGCGGGCAGAGGCCGAUGUGGACAUCAUCCUCUCCAUCCCCAUGUUCCUCCGCCUGUACCUGAUUGCCCGGGUCAUGCUGCUGCACAGCAAGCUCUUCACUGAUGCCUCGUCACGCAGCAUCGGGGCGCUCAACAAAAUCAACUUCAACACACGCUUCGUCAUGAAGACUCUCAUGACCAUCUGCCCCGGCACCGUGCUGCUGGUCUUCAGCAUCUCCCUAUGGAUCAUCGCCGCUUGGACGGUCCGUGUCUGUGAGAGGUACCACGAUCAGCAGGAUGUGACCAGCAACUUCCUGAGUGCCAUGUGGCUCAUCUCCAUCACGUUCCUCUCCAUUGGCUACGGUGACAUGGUGCCUCACACAUACUGUGGGAAAGGUGUCUGCCUCCUCACCGGCAUCAUGGGGGCUGGCUGCACUGCCCUGGUGGUGGCCGUGGUGGCCAGGAAACUGGAACUCACCAAAGCCGAGAAGCACGUGCACAACUUCAUGAUGGACACUCAGCUGACGAAGCGGAUCAAGAAUGCUGCAGCCAACGUCCUUCGGGAAACGUGGUUUAUCUACAAACACACAAAGCUGCUAAAGAAGAUUGAUCAUGCCAAAGUCAGGAAGCAUCAGAGAAAGUUCCUUCAAGCCAUUCACCAGCUGCGCAGUGUGAAGAUGGAGCAGAGGAAGCUGAGUGACCAGGCCAACACGCUGGUUGACCUUUCCAAGAUGCAGAACGUUAUGUAUGACCUGAUCACAGAGCUCAAUGAUCGGAGUGAGGACUUGGAGAAGCAGAUUGGCAGCCUAGAGUCCAAACUGGAGCAGCUCACCACUAGCUUCAACUCUCUUCCCCUGCUCAUCGCCGAAACCCUGCGCCACCAGCAGCAGCAGCUCCUCGCAGCUGUUAUUGAGGCUCGUGGCAUCAGUAUGGCAGGGGGAACCCCCCAGACGCCCCUGUCCGACAGUCCGAUUGGGGUCAGCUCCACCUCCUUCCCAACUCCUUACACCAGUUCAAGCAGCUGCUAAAUUGCAGACUGAGCCCCCAAGCCCUAGGAAGACAGACAAGAAGAGCUACUUGUGGGUCUUCAGAGUCAAGUCAACUUUCUUCCGGCCCUCUGGCCGCCACAGAAACAUCCAGGCCAAGCCAAUGCUGAAAGCAUGACCGAACUAACGCCGAGGUUAGCUCAGAGCCCUCGGCGUUCAACAACGCCUUGGACCCAGAAAUCCAAUCUCUGUUUCGGUGCCUCUACCUGCGAUGAGAAGGAAGCGGAUGUGAGGGGAAGCCUCUGGCAAGGCCCUUGCUGCAGUGUUUGGUGGAGGACAGAAAUCCACACUCAAUCUCAGGUCUUCAAAUAGAAAACACAAAAACAGUCCGAAGCACUGAAGCAAUGGAGCUGCACCAGAGGGAGAGUACUCCACAGCGCGGGCUGUGAGCCAUGGGCAAAAGGGGGGCUUAUCUCCGGGGCCUUCCUUCGUCCCCACUCCUCCCAGCCCUGUUCGCUAAGUGUCUUGCCAAGGACGAGUGGGGGAGGAGGACAAUUAGUUUGCCACGACUGCUAUCCCUUUGCCUCCUGCACCUCCCACAGCCCUACCGGGGAACUGCCAAUAUCUCGCCUUCUUGCACAGGCUCUGAGCUCAGAGGCCCGUUUGCCACCCCACCCCCUGCCAAAACACUGCCACACACACACAUUUCCAGCUAGGGGAGGGUGCUUCAUUUGCUUUAUUCUGAGUCUCUUUAGAGGAGUGAGUCCAUAUUCUGCCUGAAGCCACGUGCUGGAGCGCAGCAUCUGGGGCAUGCCGGCUUCGCGGGGGUGUUUAUUGCAUUACAGGGCGGUUACAGGCAGAUGAAACACACUGCAAGUCAAUCCAACAUGGAUUGUUAAAAAUGCACUGCCACUCCAGUGAAGCCAUGCGAGGCAUCCGAGUUCCAAGCACCCUGAGUCAGCGGGGCAGCGAGGGUUGCAGAAGCAAUGCAUUCAGCCAAGGGUCAGGGAGGGCUUUGUGGAAUGGAACCAGAUGGCUCCUCCUGGAGCUGCAUCCAGUCCUGUUGACUGGAGCAAAGGUCACUGCACUGCAGGGCUUUCAAGGGGGCACCCUGCAUUCCUCCUGAAAACCCCUCUGAGGAGUAGAAAAAGUUUUGUGGUGGAUCUUGAAUUACCUGCAUCAGCCACACACCAGGGCCACCAUUUAUAGUCUCAGCAAAUAAUCCAGUACCUCUCCAGUCCAGGUACUCUUUGAAGAGGCUUCAGAACUGAAAGGUGAAACACCCAGGGCCAAUUAGAGAGAGGGUCUUAACAUGUGACAUAAUUUAAAAAUUCUCCCCCCUGCCUUCAGCUUGUCUGACAACAAUGACAUUCUACUAGCUCAAACAGUGCUUGACCUAACCAUGAGGUUGCUUUAAUGGGAGGUAGUAAUCGGGAGAAACAGAAAAGAAUGUUGAUUAGGACACUUCAUCAGUUUAAAACAAAAGACGAAUUCAUUGCAGUGAUUCUGUUGGGUCUUGGUAGAUAGCAGCAGAACCACCCCGGGGUAAAUGAUGCAAUGCGCGGCUUCGCAGGCAGCUAGACCAGUGGUUCUCAAACUUUUGUACUGGUGACCCCUUUCACAUAGCAAGCCUCUGAG